CCCCAAAUCUAUCCUCUCCCAUCUGCCAUGACCGAGCACGUGCUAGUAAUCGGAGCCACUGGUAACAUUGGCGUGUCUGCUGUUAAGGGUGCCCUGCGCUCCGGACGCCAGGUCCUGGCCAUAGUCCGUAACCAGGCUUCGGCAGAAAAGCUUUAUAAACAUGUGGGGUCAUCUGAGGGCAUUGUAGUUGUCGAGGCAGAUGUUACAUCUGACAAGGGAGUCAAGGGUGUUGUUGACCAGGUUAAAGCUGGCAAGCUACCGGCCUUUCAACACGUUUAUACCUGUGUGGGUGGUGAAUACACCGAUGUUGCUCUCAAAGACAUUACCACUGAGAGGCUUCGUAAAAACAUGAACAUGGGCUUUGAGGCCAAUUUCUUUGCCUAUCGAGAUACAAUUGAGUAUUUACGCGAACAAAACCAUCCAGACAGCACAUGGACUAUCUGUACGGGCGCGCAGGGCGAACUAGCCAUCUUUGGGCUGCCAGCUAUGACACAAGGUCCUUUAUUCUCCAUGACCACGGCGGCCUCCCGUGAGAAUGAGAAAUCUAACGUACGCGUGAAUGAGGUUUAUUUGAUGUUUCGGGUUGAAGUUGAUGAGAAUGCUGCAGCGCACGGCGUCUCAAGCAGCACUGAGUUUGCUUCUGUCUAUGAGAGUAUCCUGUCUAAUCCUGAGAUCCGUGGCUCGCGUGUGCGUGUUGCCAGUCCUGCAGACUUUAAAGACUUGAAGUGGGCCAAGAAAUUCUAG